CUGCAAGUGCUUCCAGAGAUGCAUCGUCUUCCUUUCCUUUUUGUUAUUCUUCAAGCAUACAAAGCCUUGUCUGAAGAGGAAUUUGUGGAUACAACUGUGAGGCUUGCCAAGAAUAUGAUUUUCGACUGUGUGUAUCCAGGAUUGGACUUAAUAAGCCAGGCGGAAUGGUUCAAGAUCACAAUAACGGGGAAAGAUUCCAUGGCUAUUUUCAGUCCUGAGUUUGGUGAGGAUAUCAGGACAGACUAUAUCAGUCGGGUUCACUUUUUGAACUCCAGUGUGACUGCAAAUGAUGUUUCCCUUUUUUUUCAUAAUGCGUCCACAGCUGACCUUGGCCUUUAUUACUGCAGUCUCCAACUUUUCCCUCUUGGACUUUGGGAAAAGGUGAUAAAUGUUGUCCAGACAGAUGGUUUUGAAAUCCGUGUUCCAUCAAAUAGCCAUAUGGUAUCAGAACCUGGAAAAAAUGUCACAUUCGUAUUUCAGACUCACAUGGCCAGCCCCUUGAAACAUGUGACAUGGGAAAGGAUUCGGUCCCAUCAGAUUGACCACUUAGCUUCUUGUAACUUGAACAACGGGAAAAGUUAUGGCUUAAAAUACCAAAGAAAAAUAUCGAUAAGCUGCAGCCAAGGGAUGAAAAGUAGCUCUAUUGUCAUUCAAAAUGUCACUGCUUCUGACUCAGGAUUUUACCAAUGUUGCUUAACCACCAACACAGGAGAAAAUGAAACCUUUGUGAUGACAUUGACUGUGACUGAUGCAAAAACAGACCAUCAAAUUUUUUUCCUCAUGGCUGGAGGGGCGGCUUCAUUCUUAAUUCUUGUGACAUCUAUCAUCAUCAUCAGUUAUUGUUGCAGGAGGAAGAAAGUGUCUAAGGCACUGUGGGAUACUCAGACCCAGCCAUCUAAAAACUAUGCCAGAAAUGGGGUUCCUGAUCAAACUCAAGACUACAAAGAAGAGGAUAUUUAUGUCAACUGUCCUGUCUUCUCUCAAAGACCAAAUCCAAGAUAGCAAUUCUUCAAUUUGAUCCAAGCAAGCAUAUAAAGUCAAAUGAAUAUUGUCUUUAGAGAGUUCCUCCUCUGUAUUCACAGAUCUAUAUUGAUUGAAUUUACUUUGUUUUAUACAGGAAAGACUGCAUAAUCAAGUACAUAUCUGAGAGAUUGGUAAAAUAAGUGGGAGCAGGGAGGCAUGAUAACCUUCCAUAGAUUAUCCCUCUCCCUCCUGAAUGCCGUUGCAAUAGUUUAGUCAGAGUCACUCCAAUGGCUUGCUCCUCUGAGCCUCGUACUGGUGAAAGUGGAAUGAAUAGAUGACUGAAAAAAGAGAUGAUAUGAGGUGGCCUUUCCUUCCUCUCUAUAUAUCUCUUAGUGUACCUCUUUCUGUAACUUUUGUUUUCCAUCCCAAAAUAGUAACUUUUUCUCCU